AUGUCUUCCUGCCUAUCACUCAAAGGCUCCAAGGCAUGCUCCGCCUUCCAGGCAUCGUCCGUGUCUACCACGGACACGAAUGUCGUGGGGUUGUUUUCAUUAUCGACUCGAGACUGCAUCACGGGCGUGACGAAUGAACCUGACAAUUGCGGGUAUGGAAAUAGCACCGUGGGACUGUGUUCCUACUGCGCUAAGGGUGGAAUUAACUCGACCGAUACCUGUUGCUACGGGGCCGAUGCCGAAACGCGCUGCGCCGGAGUUGUUCUGCCCACAAUCACACCAAUCACUUUACCGACGGUUACAGCGACGGCGACACCGGAUCCGAAUGACGAUUCCGCUGGGGGCGGUCUAUCAGGGGGGCAAAUUGCUGGCAUCGUUAUCGGCUCGGUCCUUGGCGUCGGCCUCAUCGCGGCCCUUAUUUUCGGAUUUCUUGUUUAUCGAAGGAGGAGGAGCGGCAGCCAAAACGGCAGCGUCUUCAACCAGCCAUCGCCCGCUCGACGUGGCCCACCGUCACAGAUGGGGCAGACCAACGCAUCGGCUGGGUUUGACGUGUUGCCUGGUGGGAGGAUCGCCCGGAUGUCCGCCCUCGAGCGCCAUUCCCGUGACUCGCCGUCCCGUCACACGGCUCGGGAUAUGCACAGCUCCGUCCCCGGAACCGCGGCGGGGUAUCGUGGGAGUAGGAGGAGAGGCGACGACCAUUCAUCUUCUGAUGGUUUUGGCUCUAGCCCGCCAUCUGAACGCGGUACGGGCGGCGUGCUCCGGCCGCCCCCGACAAUGUUGAGGCGGAACGGAUCUCUUUCAAGCGGUUCGGUGCUGGCGGGUGAGGAUCCUCAGUCGCCCAGCUCUGGCGGCAUCUCUUCCCCUCCAGGGAUAUCGAGCCAGCAGUCGGAGCAGCUGCCAUUUUUCAAAGACUACUAUUCCCAGGACGAUAUCCACCCUGGCGACCGAGUUGCGGUUCUCUGGGCGUAUCAGCCGCGGGCUGGCGACGAGUUCUUGUUGGAACGUGGCGACAUGCUCAAGGUUGUGGGGAUUUGGGACGAUGGCUGGGCUACGGGCGUCAUGGUGGACGAACGCGCAGAGCAGUGGGAGGCCCGCCGGCAAGCCCAGCGGGACAGUGGGGUGUCGAAUACAUCAGGCAGAGCGCGCGAGGAGUCACCGCCCGUCAGCGGCGAAAUCAAAGCGUUCCCGCUGGUUUGCGUGUGCUCGCCGGAGCACUGGAAGAAGACAAUCGACGGCGACGGCUCGACCGACACGUCCAGCGCGAAUCCGUACAUGACGGCGGCGUAA